UCUAAAGUCGAAGCAAGCACCCGACCGAGAGAAGCGAAGCGAGCGAGCGAGCGACCACCGCCCGCGACCGAGGGGGAAAAAACUAAAAGGAAGGCGGUCAGUUGAUCUGCGGUGCAGCGGACUUGCUCUCCCGUACGCCUCCAUCCGCGUCGCCGAGAACAAGCGAGAGGGAGGGAGACGGCGAGAGAGUUGCCGGAUUCAGGGCUUCUUCUUCUUUUCUACUCCCAAUUGCUUCCCUUUUCCCCGACGACCCUCUUCUCUUUUUAAUCCCAUGGGACCCCUGUCCAUUCCACGCCUCGGGUUAGGGUUCUGGCCAUGGCUUCUCUUACUUCCUAUACGUUAGCCGUCGCCCUACCAUGAUCCUCUCCCUGCAGCGCCGCCGCGAUGCGUUGGUGGAAGAUUAGCCCCAAUUCGCCCUCCUCCUCAACCUCCUCCCCUAGACGCUGCUCCUCCCCGGUCUCCCCUCAUCGGAGCGCUGGCCGGGACCUGUCCUCUAUCUUUAGCCGCCGGGACACGCGACAUCACGACGACGACCACCACCACCGUCACCAGCAGCCCCGCCUCACCCGCCAGCGUAAGCUCCGCCACGUCAGCGACGAAGAGGUCGGCGCCCUCGCCGUCGACGGCGGUGGCGCCGUCUCCCCCCGCUCCGCCAACUCGACCCCGGUCUCCCGCUCGCCGAGCAACACCGACGGCGGGCUUGCGCAUCGGUCGACCUCGUCGCCCCUGUUGCUGCCCCAGCCGCUCCCCCUGCCGGUAUCGGGGCAGCUGGUGUUUGAAUUUUCGCCCCCAGGCGGUCGCCCCCCGUCUUCGCCGAAAAGGGCUUCGAGCAGGGCCAACGCCGAGGAAACGAAUGGCGGAGCUGCGGAGUCUUUGUUCCCUACGGAGCUGAUGGGCGAGAGGAAUUCGUCGGUAUCUGUAGUUGGGAGGAAAUAAAAUUUCUGAGUCAAUUUAAGCACCCAAAUAUUGUGCAGUAUUAUGGGAGUGAAAUUAUUGAGGAUCGGUUUUACAUAUACUUAGAAUAUGUUCAUCCUGGUUCAAUCAAUAAGUAUGUCCGUCAGCAUUGUGGAGCUAUGACUGAGUCGGUGGUUCGCAAUUUCACUCGUCAUAUUCUUAAAGGGUUGGCUUACUUGCAUAGUAAAAAGAUAAUGCACAGGGAUAUCAAAGGUGCAAAUUUGCUUGUAGAUGUGAAUGGUGUUGUGAAGCUUGCUGAUUUUGGGAUGGCAAAACAUUGGAGUGGUGCAACAGCAGUACUUUCGCUUAAGGGAACACCAUAUUGGAUGGCUCCAGAGGUGGUGCAGGCUACGAUGAAUAAAGAUAUGGGUUAUAAUCUUUCCGUUGACAUAUGGAGUUUGGGUUGUACAAUUAUUGAGAUGUAUACAGGGAAACAUCCUUGGAGUGGUUUUGAAGGGGCUGCAGCUAUGUUCAAGGUCUUGCACAAAGACCCACCUAUUCCUGAAACAUUGUCCUCUGAGGGCAAGGACUUUCUUCAGCUUUGCUUUCGUAGGAAUCCAGUAGAAAGGCCAACCGCAAACCAGUUACUUGAACAUCCUUUUAUUCGGAAUUCGCACCAUUACAACCUUCAUGGUUCCAUACAGGCGUUUGCAGGAAUUAAUUUGGAUAGCAGAUACAAUUCAAGAGACAGAACCACAUCGAAAAGCGACUCAUGCGUUAAUAGGAAGCAGUCAUCCAAAGGCGAGGCCAACCAUUCCCCUCCUGAAACUUCUGAAUCAGCUGCCUCCCGCCCCUCUCCUCAUUCCAACCCUGAGAUUGCGCCUGGUUUGUGCCCCCACCCAAAUUAUUUGGGGUCAAGUCCGCCUGGCUCUACAACAAAGGUUUUGAAUGGUAACUCUCACCUGUAUGCAUUACCCAAGCCUCAUGGAAAGGAAGUUUCGAAUAGCUUCUGAUUUUGGCUGGCCGUAUGCCUCCGGGGAUCAAACGAGUGCUUUGCACGGUUUCAGGAGGCUGGCAGCCACAUGACAUAGGCCAUUCAAUUCUUUUAGGAGCUGAGUUGUACAGUUGAGUUGCAUACCCCACGCCCUCUGAUUUUUCUCCCCUUCUCAGUGCUAGUUCAUAUGACUACGACGGUACAGGAGGUUAUGUAUCUGUGGAAUAAGCCGCGCUCAAUCUGGUUACUCUUUAUAUACUGGAUGGGGGAAGUAGGAAGCUGUAUGUUGUACACUACUGUUGCAUAGAAGAACUUCAUCAGGGGUUGAAGUUCUAUAUGCAGGGACGUAUGGAUGACAUUGAUGUGCAUGAUAUAGUUUACAGAAAUGAAAUUUGGUUGUAGAUAAUCUUUGCUCACUGAGUGUGUUCUUUGUGAAGUAUUAUUUCACGAAUUAAUACCAGGAAAUUGAGGUGCUACAGUCACCAAUACAAGUCAACAAAUUUAAUUA